GUAAUAUAGAAAUGUAAGCAGUACACUAUUUAAAACUCGAAUCUUUUAUUUCGUAUUAUGUUUCAUUACAUUAGAAGCACGUGUGUUCUAUACUUCGGUUUAGCUUGUUUCAGUAAGAACAGUUUUGUUUCAUUUACAAAUUAGAAGAAACAACAACCUAAAAUAUUAAAUACUGUUGGAGAUAAUUCAAUUGAUCAUAACAUCAUUUGAAAGAAAAUACUGCGAAGAUGAAUCCUGCUAAUAAAGAUAGUGACCUCAUGUCACCAGUUAAAAAGGAGCAAUUAAAACCUGUAGACUAUCUGCAUUUGAAACAAGCAGAGGCAAUAAAUGUUAACAGAUUAAUUAAGCAUAAAGCUCUUCGUAAAAGGGUUAAUACUGCUGGCGUGUGCCUAGGACUUUUCAGUUUUUCAAUUUAUCUUUACACUAUAUAUGCCGUAAAACAAGAAACUUUUUUGGAUGACUUUAAUGAACCUGAAACAAUAUUAAUCGAUGCACCUAAUGCACAGAAAUGAAAAGUUAUCAAAUAAAAUAGUAAAAAAGGCAGGAUAUCUUCCAGGAAGUUAUGUAUUAGAAGUUGGACCUGGUCCUGGUGCAUUAACUAGAUCAAUUUUAAGACAUUCUCCAGAAAAAUUAAUUGUU